AUGAUGUCGCAAAUAUUGAAGCCUAAACCCGUUAAUUCCCAGUCAUCACAAUCAUCCAGUCUGAGUGAAGAGUCGGACCGAAAAUGUCGUGAAUUGUGUGAAGAGAUGUCGGCUCUGAAGGCAAGCAAUGAGUCCGAAGUGAAGGCAUUGAAAGUACAGCUCAACACAGCAUUGGAUUCAAUGCAGACAAUGACUGAAGAGAAGGAAAGUUUGAGACAACAAUUGAUUACAUCUGAGAAAAGUAAUCAAGAAUUGGUCACCGAAUUGAGUGAAUCGUCGGUUCAAAAAAGUUGUUUAACUCAAGAGAUAUCGGAUUUGAAGGCAAGGAAUGAGACAGAAGUACAGGCUUUGAAAGUAGAGCUCAAGACAUCAUUGGAGUCAAUGGAGACAAUGGUUACCGAAAAUAAUAAUUUAAAACAAACGGUGUAUACUCUGUCGACAUUGGUUUCAAACUUAAGUAAUCAAAAUAUGGCCACAGAUUUGAAGCACAAAUUGUGUGAAAUGUCCACAAAAAUUAGUGAAUUGAUUGAAGAGUUGUCGGCAUUAAAUACAUCGAAACAUAUCAUUGAAUCCGAUGUCAAUACUUUGACUCAAGAAAUCAAUGCAAAGAAUAUUAGGCAUUCAGUGAGUGAUUCGUCGUCGAGUUGUUCAUCGAUCGGAUCCCACAAUCAAUUGACCACUAAUUCAGACAAAACCAGAGAUGAGACCAAUAGUGGAGAAUACGAGACACUAAUGGCUGAACACAAGUCCCUCCGGAAGCGAUACUCGGAUCUCGUGGUCACUCACGAAGAAUACGUAUCGGCGCUCGAGUCGGCUCAGGAGGAGAGUCACACAUACCGUAAGUGCUUAGAGAAGAGCACUCGUGAGCUCGACGUUGUCAUCAUUCAGAUGAAUGGACUCAAACAACAGUGCACUCAAGCCGUCAGACAAUGGGAUAAAGCCCUUCGAGAGGUCAACGAUCUGAAGGAACAGCUGACCAGAUGUGAGCACCAGAGAAAUGAGUACAUGAAAGAGAUCAAAGCGGCCAAAGAGAUGACACGACUGGCCGAUGAGGUCAAUGCCGGCCAUCAGAAGUGCUCAUCGAUUAUGUCUGAAAGGGAUUCCGUCCGCAAAGAGUGCGAUGAUCUCCGGGAAGGACAGCAAACACUGGUCACCAAAACCAGACAAAUGGAGGUCGAGAUGAAGACCUUCAUCGACGAGAUCCAGAGUCUGAAGCGAGAGAUAUCGUCGGCAAUGGCGGCGACCAGUGCUCGAUCACCGCCUCACUGGCCGUCCGGACACGAGUAUCGGCACAGCUAUCCAUCGGCUCAUUCUUGGGCUAAGAGGGUGUCGACGACGAGCGCACCACUCGUGCUGUCGCCGGCCAAUAGCCCUGUGUGUCCGGACACGAGUGACCCGACGUUCAAAUCAAGCGGUGAUACCAUAGAUAAGCCGAGCGCUGAGUUGGCGUCACUUCGCAAACAAGUGGUGCGCUUACAGACAGAGCUCAGGGAAGCGCACAAUGAGGUGGAGGUCUGUCGGCGUCGACGCGAUUGGGCUUUCGAUGAAAGGGACAAAAUGAAGGCUUUGGUCACUGAGAAUGAGAUAUCGUUGACAGCACUCAAAGGCAUCAGACAAUCGGUCGAAGACUCGGAUGACAGCGAAUCCGUGGCCAGUGUUGGCACGCAUUCAAAAUAA